GCUAGACUAAACAUGGUCAAACGGUGUGCAUACAGUAUUUGUGGGUCUGACAACCGGUACUCCCGCCGGACGAAUGGAAUAAGUUUUGUGCCAUUCCCAAAGCCACAUAUCGACAGAGAAAAGGCAAUGAGGUGGAUAAAAGCAUGCAACAGGCCUCACAGUCAAUUUAAUCUUGGGAAAAUCACCAGGAAUACUUACCACUUUCAUGGAGGCGAUGGGCCGACCGAUGAAUACCCUGACCCUAUAUCAGAUCUUUGUCGCCCAACAAGAAAGCACCGUCAAACUGUGAGGCAUUUGCAUGAGGACAUCCAGCCAGCUCCCUCCAUAGUGACGAAAGUGAGGAAUGAGUAUCAGGGAUCCAACCAGAUAUGCCCUCAGACUCUUUAGUUGAAACUACGUCAAGUGCCGCUCAUGAUAAUAUUGCUUUGUCAAAAGCAAGUCAGACUGCAGAAAAAUGUAAGCAAGUAUCAUGAUUAUUUUAUUUUGGU